AUGGCGGAUAGACGCGAGUUGAUAGGCAUUGCGGUUCGGAUUGCCGCGGCCGCGGCGAUGUCGUACUUCACCGUCCGCUAUCUUGUCAAGUAUCUGGAUCCGAAUCACGCAACCAUCGAGGAAAACAAGAAAAAGGUUGCACAACUAUUCAGCGAGCUCGGUAUUGAUAGAAAAGUGGAGCUGAAUGAGCACGAGAUUCGAAUUGCGACCCAAUUUGUCGGCGGUGAAGGCGUUGGAGCCGAAUGGGAAGAUGUCGGCGGAUGCGAGGAGCUCGUCAUGGAGCUCAAAGAUCGCAUUAUUUUGCCGUUGCGAUUCGCGCAAGAAUCGCCGAGUCAUUUGCUGAGUCCGCCACGUGGAAUUCUGCUGUACGGACCGCCAGGUUGCGGCAAAACACUACUGGCGAAAGCUGUUGCCAGGGCAGCCGGCUGCAGAUUUAUCAAUUUGCAAGUGAGCAAUUUGACCGACAAAUGGUACGGCGAAUCUCAGAAGUUGGCCGCCGCUCUGUUCUCGGUGGCGCAGAAAUUCCAGCCGACGAUUAUCUUCAUCGAUGAGAUCGACUCAUUCCUUCGCGAUCGCCAAUCGCAUGAUCAUGAGGCGACGGCGAUGAUGAAGGCUCAAUUUAUGACACUUUGGGAUGGAUUCGCGAGUACUGGCGAUCAGAUCAUCGUGAUGGGAGCCACGAAUCGUCCGCGAGACGUCGACGCGGCGAUUUUGCGGCGAAUGACUGCGAAAUUCCAGGUGCCGCUGCCAAACAGCCAGCAGCGAGAACAGAUUUUGAAGGUGAUUUUGAGAAAUGAGGAAUUGGGAGAUGUCGACUUGCUAAAAGUCGCCGAAACCGCGUGUGGAUUGUCGGGAUCCGAUUUGAAAGAGGUUUGCCGAUUGGCUCUUCUCGCUCGCGCGAAAGCGACUGUGGCCGACGGCGGCUGUCUGGAUCGUCUCCAACCGCUCGAACAAUCGGAUUUCGACAACGCCGUCAGCAAAUACAUGAGAGCCGCGCAAUUGCUCGUCGAAGAUCGAUUAGAUUAA